AGCUGAGAAAAAGAAGUGGCCAUGCCAGCACCUUUUUGUGCUUAAAAUAGCAGUGAGUUUAUUCUUGGGACGCGGCUUAAACAAUAGAGGAACUAAAAUUCUACACAGGAGUUCGAAGAAGAAUUUGUUUUGAGCUUAAAAUAGCAAUUGGUGACGCAGAAGAGGGAACUGACAGCUUAGUAGAGCGUGUAGACAGCGUGUCCUGGGUUACGCUGUAGAACGUUGUCGCUAGAGGAAUGCACCCGACAAUCACAAAUGAAAUGGCCACUGAGGAUGGAAAGUUCUUCGCCGACGAGAACCCAAUAAGCACACUAAACGAACUGGAGCGGCUGAUAAGUAAAGCGAACUGAGGCAUCGUUUUGCUGAUAUGAUGACAUGUCCGUGAUGUCUUCAACAGAAAAGGAAAACUUGCUUAAUAUCGUCCAUGUAUCGAUGUUGUCUAAAAAGUCAAUCUUGAAUAAAAAAAAAACAAAGCUAUGGACGGGAUGCCGAGUUCAACCGAGAUCAAGUCAACUCCGAUGCCUCCAAUGGGUUCCAUAGCUCAGCGUUCACCAAAGUGUGCUCGGUGCCGAAAUCACGGGGUAAUAUCCAUACUCAAAGGACACAAACGGUUCUGUAAAUGGCGAGAUUGUGCAUGCGCGGAUUGCAAUCUCAUAGCUGAAAGACAAAGAGUCAUGGCCGCGCAAGUGGCGCUUAGAAGACAACAAGAGAGUGAGGAAGUUGGUCAUCUUUCAUACGGCACAGUACAGUUGUGUUUUAAUCAAAAUCUACAAAAGGCACCAAGAAUCAUUCCACCCUCACCAACAUCCCCAAAGGAUGCUCAACUGCCAAGAACUGCUAGUUUGUCUUCUCGCUCAAGCUCGCCAAACAUUGACGAUACCAACAAUGAGCUGGGGUCUCCCGCAAGCAGUGCAAACGAUGAAUUUCCAAUGGACAACAACACCGAAGGUUUCUCCACGAGAUGGAAACGUGAACGAGACGACGACGAAGAUGAGCGGCGGCUAAGAAUGUCACCAGAAACGAAAAGACAGAGACACGAGAAGAUAUCCCUACAAAAUGGCGAUAGCAAAGUCAUGUCAAGCUCUGAUCAUUCCAGGUACAUGAACAUCCUUACACGGCUCUUUCCGGAGCAAAAAAGGAACGUUCUGGAGUUAAUUCUAAAGGGGUGUGGAGGUGACGUUAUCCAGACAAUAGAGACCGUUCUUCCGAGUCACGAGGAAGCCCUUGCUCGGGGCCAGUUACUUGCCACUGUGCCUAGAGGUCUCUUUCCCGGGCCCCCUCCACCAUCUAGCUAUUCAGCCUUUUCGCCCCUGUCUCCCACUCUUCCUCACAAUAUGCCAUUGAGUGCUGUCGAGUACCACGCAACUUCUAAAUGUGCAAGUGGCCAAUGUCCCGGAUGUGUGUACUACCCAGGAGCCGGUCCUAUACCAGUACUCAAGGAUCCUACUAAGCGUCAAACCGCAGACGUACCAUCUACGCUAAUACAUUCCAUCUCCGAGCACAACUCGCUACCGAUUUCAACUAUGCCUGGCUUGACUAAAAUUCCACAUCUUGAGGAUACGCGGUAUAGCCAAAGUAUGCGGUCAGCAACCGCUGCCUUAAUGACCAUGAGCUCGGCUGGAAGAGUGUUUCCUGCGGACCGACUACCACAAAGGAAUGAUCGCAGUCCUCCGACUCAUUCUCCCCACACCUCUCCUAAGAGUGAGGCUGACGAAAAGCCCUAAAAUCGAUGACUUCAUUACAGAGGAUAAGAAAAUAAAAGAACUUGAAUAUAUUAGAAAUAGUUAAUCCAAAAUGAGCCAGUGAAACUGGAACAAAUAGGGUAGAUAUUUCUGUUUGUAAGAAUUGAGUUUGAACUAUAUCUACAUACUUACGAGUGAUAGACUGGUGAUCAAUAACAGAAAGAUUUGAGAGCAUUAGUGCUUGUAGCGCUUGUCACUCGGCCGUUUACAAAACGAAAAUUGUCCUAGUAAAGAUUAUUAUUAGUGUUUAUCUGAAUCGUAAUAGCCAGGCUACGUGAAUCAAUUGGGGAAUUGUAAAUACUACUACUUAAUACUGAAAGUUCUUAGAGCUUUUUCUUAUGUUUUCUAAGCUAUUUUAUUAUUUUAUACAACAAAGAAAUAGUCUCAGAAAUAGUUUGGUAUAGUUGUAGAAAGAUAGGCGACAUAUUCAGUAAUUUCAGUUAGAGUGUAUCACUGACAAGGAAUUCUCGCUAACGAGGGCUUCAUAUCGGUUAACAUCCUAAGUACAGUCAAUAAGAGAUACUUGGUGAAGUGCUCUAGGCACAGCCGUUCAAAAGUAGUAGUUUUUUGUGGAAUUUACAUAAACAGCGACGUAUAAUGGCUUCUUUUAUUUUUCCAUUAUUUCAAUUUUUCAAUAUUUUAUUAUGUGUUAAAGUAAAGUUGUUCCAAAGCCUUGCCCUAAAGAAUGUAAAGUUAUAGAACACAAUAAGGUAAUUGAAUACAAAUGUAAACUUGUAUCAUAAAACUAUUUUCGUACCAGCUUAGAGUAGUCCGAAAUUAACAACGUAGAGACAUGCGCUGUACCUCAAGCAGGAGCGCCGAUAGCUAGAAUGACAAGUUUAAUAUAGAACAUUAUCUUACUGUUGUGUCGGUAGUCGAUUGAUAUUUUUUUCCGUACCUUCAGUCUACACUAGCGUGAAGAGCAGGGUUCAGGCAUAGAAAAUUGACUUCAACCUUCAGUUUUUUUUUAAUCUGUCAAGCUUUGUGAAAGUUCUAAUUUUGGUUGUAAAUCCUAAAUUCCUCUCUUAUGAGAAAACAUAAUAAUAAUCCGCAAAGCUUUCUAUUUUCUCCUAGGAAUGAAAGAUUAGUUUAUUUCGUCUGUGAUAAAGAGAGCAAUGCAAUACAAACGAUCAACGAGGCCUCAUAGAAUGUUAUUACUGUUCUUAUUGCGGUAGAGCAAUAAGAGAGCAAUGUAAUAUAAAUUAUCAAUAACGCCUCAUAGAAUGUUAUUACUUUUCUUACAGCGGUAGAUGUAAUACAUCAGUCAUUCAGCACUUGGGAACAAACCAUAGGCUUCAAAACUGAUACAUCAUGAAUGAGAAAAUGAUGAGAUAAAUCUUUAUCUUUGAUCAACUUGAAAUAAAAUUAGUCUGUACAUUGAAAA